AUGGUGGAAUUCAUCCUGGGUCUGGAUAAGAAAGGCCACUUCAGCGUUACUAUGAAGAAUGAGCCAAUUUUCUCAAUCAAAAGGAUGAUUAAUGGGAAACCAGAAAUAAUCUAUUAUCUAUCUACUGGGGAGUCAUCGUCGUCCUCACGUGAUGAAGCUGAAAAGAAAGGAAAAGAAGUCCCUGAAGAAGGAAUUUCGACAGAUAUUUGGUCGGAAGAUGAUGACGAUUCUGAUGACAGUGAUCUCGAGGUACCCCAUCACAAGACCAAUCGAGGCCAGUCAGGCGCGAAGCGUGCAAACUGGACGGAAGAACAAGAAGAAUUUUUAAAAUCACAAGUGGCUGAGCUGCAGCCAGACGUUGGACCCCGAAAUCGUAUGCGCACAAAGAAAGAAAUGUUUGAAGUGAUCGCUGACUUAUUCAACGGAGAGUUCAACACUGAUCGCACUGCAGGACAAAUGAAAACAAAGAGGAAUACACUCAUGAAACGUGAAAAGGAAAAGAAAUUGAAGAGGAAGCAGAAUGUUGAGAAGUCGAGCCAGAGACAAACAGGAGUAGAGAAAAUUAUGAACGUACUGCGUGAAUUGAAUAAAGAAAGAGAAGAAAGGCGCGAAACUCGCGAGGCCAAGAGAAGGGAGGAAGCACUUGAGAAAGAAGAUAGAAUUUUUGCACGUCUCAAGAAGCUUAGAGAAUCCAACGAUAAUUAA